AUGAUAGCACAAUUUUCAAAAAAGAAACACAACCAGUGGGACAAGUAUAUCAAUGAAUUAACCUUCGCCUUCAACUCCGCCAUCUCAAAAUCAACCGGAUUCUCUCUAGCCUACCUGAACUACGGACGAGAACUAACACUUCAAGAAGUCUCAAUGAAUCACGUCCAAACGACUUGUGAACAGACCCCCGUUUGGAAUGACUACAAGAAGCAUGUUGUUGCAUUUCUAGCCAGUAUGUGUUUUUUUGGAGCUAUUAAUCAAGAUCAGCUCGGAAUUCAAGCCGUUCAAGGAGUAAUUUUUAUUUUGAUUUCUGAAAAUACAUUUUUUCCUAUGUAUGGUACAUUGUCAUUAAUUCCUCAACAAUUUUCAUUGUUCUUACGUGAAUAUGAGGACGGACUAUAUUCGGUGCAUGUUUAUUAUUUAAGUCAAGUCAUAGCUUUGCUUCCUGGACUAGCACUGGAAUCCAUAGUAUUUACGACUAUAGUUUACUGGCUAUCCGAUUUAUCAAAUAGCAUUACAGAAUUUUGUCUAACUUUGUUUAUUAUUCUUCUGACAAUCAACGUAUCUACGGCAUGUGGUUUUUUUUUCUCAACGUCGUUUGAAAAUGUAGCACUGGCAAUGGCAUAUUUAGUCCCAUUUGAUUAUCUUUUAAUGAUUACGAUGGGAUUGUUCAUUAAAUUAAGUUCUUUACCGAUUUAUAUACAAUGGAUAAAGUAUAUAUCAUGGCUAUUCUACUCAACUGAAGCUAUCUCAAUAAUACAAUGGCGUCAUGUAAAUAAUAUUUCCUGCAAUAACCUUACAGCUGAUUUUCCAUGCAUUACAAAUGGCGAAAAAGUACUUGAGUUGUAUGAUUUUUCGGAGUGUAGCUUUCUUGCAGAUAUCUAUUCUAUGAUUGCUUUAUACAUUUUAUUUCAUCUGCUGGGAUAUUACAAUCUUCUAAAAAAAUGUCAAUCAAGAAAUUUUUUUUGAUGUAAUUAUACUUUUACUGUAUCGAUUACAAUAAAGUUGUUUAAAACAAA